GCGGAGUCUGCCCUGCUCGCAGGCCUCACCUUGGAGGAAGCACCGGCCCUGGAGACUUUUGCCCGGAUGCCAUGGCCUCUGACAGAGCUGCUGGCUGCGGCCUCCAGGACAGGCCACGGUGCCGCCCAGCAGGCACAGGCAACGCCGGGGCGAGGCGGAAUCUGCGCCUGUGAUCUGAGCCUAUGGCCGGUCGAGGAGGCACGAAGUGUUGCUGCUGCUCAGAAGGUCUUGGAGGAAAUCAAUGGUGGCCCGAAGACCUUGGAUGCCUUGUCCCAGGCUUUGGAGUCUCCCAGCGCGAAGACCGCCUGCGGCGCCGCUUGGGGUGGCAGACUCGCUACUGCCGAGCAGCUCUUAAGCGAGCUGUGGGGGCUCCACCCGGACUUGCCCAUCGAGGAGUCCUUACCUUUGGCCGCCUCGCUGCGGGACUCGGGGUGGGCCUUUGACCCCGGCGUUUGCUUGGUCGGGGCCCGGCGCCCGAAUCCAUUUCAUGGCGCGUUCUGCUCGUUGUGGGUGCUUUGUGUCGGGGCCCACGAGCUAUUCCUGCGGGAGCUCAAUGCGCGGCUGUAUCAAGCAAUGACUCAAAGCACAGAGCAGGAGAGGCUCUGCAAGACAGCGAUGGAGCAAGACACACUCAGGAUGAAGAGCCGGGGUCCUCAGGAUCGGCUCUUCCGACAGACCUUGCGGGAGCCCCGCGAACCGGCACCUCGACCUCCUUGCAGGACACGGCCGCGCAGCGCUGUACCUCCCGCAAGGCAACGGCGCAUCGAUUGGAUAGCUGCACAGCGUGCCAAGAUGAAUGCAUGGCGGCGAGCACAGACGGCGAAGCAGAAGAAGGACCUGCAGGAGCCGAUGGAUGGAAGGAAGACCUGCAGUGGUCCAUGCUCUCGCGAAGCAGAUCACAGCAGCUCUCGCCUUGACCCAGGUUCUGCUCCACUCCAGCCUUCUGCAUCCAUUCCACGCCCGAAUUUGCGAUGUCGUCUCCUUGGCCGUGCAGAAAAUGCGGCUUUGAUGGUGCCUGACUGGCAGGAAAGCUUCAUGUCGGACCUCACGACCUUGCUGGAACACUUAUUGGGCCUGCCAGAAGAAGCUUUCUUCCUGCGAGUUCGACACAACUGGCACAAGGGAAACGUAGUUGCAGUCCAAAUUUCCUUCGACUCCUGCGCCACGCCGGCGCACGCAGAGCUUCUCGAAAGGAGUCUCCGCGAUGGUAGUCUGAGGCGGAUGGCGCUCCGAAGCUGCACGCGGGCCUUUUCGGCCUGGCCGGUGUCGAAGGUGCUUCGCCAGUUCCUGCUGCGAGACAUGGAGUUCGAAGCGUUUUGGGUCACAGAGCGGCACGAAUGGCACAUACCCAACUUUUUGCAGGCGUUGCAAUCCCCUAGCGCUUUCCUUGCCUCCCAGCCCUUUGAGCUAGGAGGAGGUGCCAACAUGACACUUCUUUUGCACCCGAACUGCUCUUCAAAGACGGAGCUCGGCUUUGCAGCCAUGACCCUGUCUGCGGCGGGUCACCAGCGACCGACCUCGCCUUUUCUGCUAACUGCAGGAUCCAAUGGUGAGAUAUGGGCUGGGCCUUUCGGCCGCGACGCAGCAGAUCGUUUCUAUGCAGGUGGCCCGCUGUGUGCAUCCGAGGAGACUGAGGGAAGGCAGUUUCCACGUCCAAUCAUGUUCGGGUCGUUAUGA